AACCAUUCAGUCCUGUUCAUGGCCUGUUCGUGUUAACUAAAAACUCCUGUGCCCUACCAUUAGUUCUUGCAGUUGAUGACUCUUUCCAAGUUGCGCGAACUUGAAGCUGACUCUCUUUUUUCCAACCAUUCCAUACCAAUUUUGCUAUUCACACGCACUACCAUACUACCAAUGACUUCUCUCAUCAAGCCAUAUUUUCUUGCGCUAUCCCCAUCCCCAACCUUCGACCCCUUUUUGAAAGGUCUAUAUCACGGAGCCAGAGCCUCUUCAGUUAUAUGGAUCCAAGUCUAUUUCUACGGCAUCCGCACUAUUGUUUUAAUUGAACUGGGUAUUAUCAUCGCUUUACAUUUGGCUGUGUCAUUGAUCCCGGAUUAUCUUGAGAACUCUCGGCAUGGGUGGGCCGAAUCGGAGUCCAUGGAAUUUCUAGGGGAGGUCGUUGGUCUGGGAAUGGAGAUAAUCACGGCGUAUUUGCUCAGCAAGCGAUCGCACCGGCGAAGAUCUGGAAAUCGGUGAUGGUCUUAAGUAUGUGCAACUGUUGAAGGUGACCCAAAUUGUUGUGGUUCAAACCAAUCGAGGAAAGUAUGCGCAGAGAGAGAGAGCG